GAAACAGCUGGUUCUUCACGAGAACAUUUUCGCACGUACUUUAAUCUAACUUCAAAAGAAAGUUCUCAAAUAUAUCUUUGCAAAAUGUUAUUUUGGACAAUAAUCGUGCUCAUUACCAGUUUAACAGGUGCCAGUAAGAAGGAAGACAUUUGCACGUUGGAUCCUGACGAAGGAUCAUGUACUGCGUACGUGCAAAUGUACUUCUUUAACCAGUACUCGGGCCAGUGCCACGAAUUCGUUUACGGAGGAUGCCUUGGAAACAAAAACCAAUUUGAAUCUCGAGAAGAAUGUGAAGAAUUUUGUAAAGGAAUGGCAUUAGACAAAACAGAUGAAUGCACGAAACCAGCUGACAGAGGUCCAUGUAGUGGUUUUGUUGUAAGGCAUUAUUAUGACGAAGCAGAAGACGAUUGCUAUUCAUUCGUGUACGGAGGAUGUAGAGGAAAUGCCAACAAUUUCGCUACUAGAACAGAAUGCAUGGAAACAUGUUCCAAGAAAAAUUAUGCCGACCAAACUGUACAGCUUAGCAAAAAUAUGUAAAUAAAAAUUUA